GGCUCCUGCCAUUUCUAGGGGUUACCAGUACCAGAGACACUAUCAAAAACCCUGUCUCAGUCCCCUCAUUUUCUCUCAAUCAAAAUUCCAUUUUCAAGAUUCAAGCUUUCUGUAAAGAUCUCUCUGAAAUCUCGAUUGAAAUCUCAAAAAGAAAAUCUGCUAUUGUUUCACACAAAGCGUUCGUAAAUGGAUACAACACCUCCUUCUCACAGAUCAAAUCCGAAUUCUCAAAGCAAAUCAGCUUCUCGUUUAGCUAGAAUCACAAGUUCCAUCGACAAUGAAGAACCACCACAUCUGUCUCUAGACCUCAUGCCCUCACCGGCAAAGAAGACCCCAUCAACAUCCUUGGCUUUGUCUCUCAGAUCUUCCACUAAUUCUCUUCCUUUCCGGGACCUACUUCUUCUCUCACCAUCUCCAAGAAAAUCAAGAAGCCGGCUAGCUGAUCGCAUUGAGGUGACCGAGGAGGCGGCUAUGGAGCCAACUGGGUCUCGCAGGAGAUGCAAAAGCAGGGCAGCUCAAUUAGGUGCUCUGGGUUGUGCUUCGCCAAGACAUAGCAGAAGGUCAAGAAGAAGGUCGGAGAUGGAGAGUAGAGAAGAGAAAGAUUUGAUAGGCUUGGGGGAGGAGAUUGGUAAAGUAAGAAAAAGAAGACAUAGCGGCAGAUCUAAAAAGGAAAAGCUCUCUUUGGUCCCUUCAUUGCCUUCUUCAAAUCCUUCUCCAGAAGUUGAAGAUGGUGAUGGAGGCAAUUUGGAUAAAAUUGGGAUGAUUAUUUAUGAUCUGAUAAUGUGGAAGGAUGUUGCAAAAUCGAGUCUUUGGUUUGGUUUGGGGUGUCUCUGUUUCUUAUCUUCUUGCUUUGCCAAAGGGAUUAGCUUCAGCAUUUUCUCUGCCAUUUCCCAACUGGGGCUCUUGUUUUUGGGUGCUUCAUUCAUCUCAAAUUCGAUAUGUCCAAGAAAUAAUAUGGAAAAGAGAUGCAACUUUAAGCUGAAAGAAGAGGACAUCUUAAAACUGGGUAGAUUAAUACUACCACCUGCAAAUCUUGCAAUUUCAAAGACAAGAGAGCUUUUCUCAGGAGAGCCAUCCAUGACCCUCAAGGUAAUUCCAUUCUUGCUUCUUGGAGCUGAGUAUGGCCACCUUGUAACUCUGUGGAGGCUCUGUGCAAUAGGGUUUUUCAUUGGUUUCACAAUGCCCAAAUUAUAUUCACGCUAUUCCAAUCAGAUAGACCAAAAAGUUGAUUUCACUAAAUGCCGGGUGAUGGAAGCAUGGGAAGCUUGUUCUCACAAGAAGAUUGUGGCAGCUUCAGCAGUCACAGCCUUCUGGAACAUGUCCAGUGUCAAAACACGGAUUUUUGCAGCAUUUAUAUUUCUAGUGAUCUUAAGGUGCUGUCGGCAAAAUCUGGUACCAAACCAGGAAGGGGAAGAGGAAGGAGAAGGGCAGGAACAAGAACCUGAGCAAGCCAAGGCAUUGGUGGUGGCAGAAGAAGUGGCCUCCCAGAAAUAAUCAUGGAAAUGAGUGUUUGCUUUUCUUCUGUUUUGAUCCUUGGUGGCAGUCUGAGAUGAAAAAAGCUUCUUCAAUGGCUAUUGCAACCUCAACCUGCAAGUGAUUAGAAUACAAGACUAGAUAGAUAGUCAAACAAUAAAGCUACGUUUGGAAUUCUUUUCAGAUUCUAAUGCUUCAAAUUAUAGUCUAAGAUUUGAGCCCACGUAAUAAAUAAUGAUAGUUAAAUGUGAAAGAGAGAUAAUUUUUUAUCAA